AUGAGCGCCUUUGUGCACGGCUCCCGUCCGACGACGUACUAUUACACGAGGGAGUUGGCAUCUCGCUGCUCUAACAUGCAUCCAUCGUCUGACAGUGGGGUCAGACAAGAGGCCGAGGUGUGUGGCGCUUUGGUGGUAGCGAGUCGCCACAAUGGACUGGCGGGCUCGUCCUUCCCGAAUUUCUUCUCUCGGUUGCUGUACGAAGUGGAGAUGCAAAAGUCGAGCGACGUCCAGGUUCGGUUUCCCCCUGAAGUACGUGGGUUUCUAUCGGAUCUCACGGUGCCGUUUCUCGCACCGUCGGACGUGAAGUGGCCGGCGUUCCUACUGCAGACGUCGCUCAACCUGGGGACGCUCACUCGUCUGACGAACAAGGACAAAGGUGACGUGAGCUUCAUGGACGGCAAACUUACGGCGCACUCGCUCUCGCCCAACGACUCGCUGUCGAAGUCCAGUCUGAUGAGGGUGUUGAGGUCGAUCCCGACCGAAAGUGUGGUGCAUCUGGUGGUGACCCAUUCGCUGCAGCGUCGUUACUUUAACAGUCGAAAGCGUGACGAGAACGGGGUCGUGGUUGUCGAGGAUUUCCAGCGGGAGCACCUGCCGAAGUCGCUGCGGAACGCCCACUUCUACCGCAUUGGCGUGAAGUUGAGUUCCAGGGAGACGGAUGCAGACGGUAGAGCGUGGCGCAAUGAUCUGAAGGAGGUUCGUGGACUGAGCAAUGCUGACGUCGAGGGGGAAGUGAACAAAGUGGUGAUCUUUGUGGAAGUGGAUCGCAGCAAGAAGCAGCAGCAAAGGAAGCGGAAGUGGGAGAUGAAGCAGCAGAUGGAGGCCGAGGCCAUGAAGAAGAUGAAGCUGGAGUAA